CUCUUCUGCCAAUCACUAUUUUUCCGUACGGUAGAAUGCACUGCCUUAUAGUAUACAGAAUGUAUCAGACUCUAGCCAGACAACUCCACUAGUAUCUAUGGUAGUCUCUCAAAUAGGCUAAUCAAACAGUCUCACUCCCGAUCAGCUGACAGGCUCUAUAAAAUCGCUUCCUCUCAUCCUUCUUCUCUUCCCCUCUUCAUUUCUGUCUGUCUCCCCUAACUGAGUCAAUCAACUCACAGCAAGAUGGGUCACAACAACCCUACAAUCGCCGAAUGGAUCCGGAUCGUGAUCAUGCCUGGGAUGAUGCUAAGCUUGGCAAUGGCCUCCUACGUGCGCGUCUGCUUCCGCUUCAUCAGGGAGGGACAGAUCCUCGCUCCAUUCCUGCAGGCCUCGAAAAUCCGAGACGAGGCUUUUGGGAAGUUCUGGGUCCAGCUAUCAGCCAUGCAACCCAAAAUCAACAUGGAAGAAGAAAGCAAAGAUCCCUCCGAGAUGAACUCGUCCGAUCUGAUCCCGCCGCUCCUCGCCCGGGCAUCAGGCGUUGUCCUCGACAUCGGUCCAGGGACAGGCACCCAGAUGCCCCUGUUAUCCAAACAGCACGCACCGGGCAUCCGAACCAUCUACGGCCCAGAACCAUGCCGACAUCUCCACGCUGCGCUGCACGAGGCGGUGGCCGAACACGGCCUGACAGAGGUAUACACCGUGUUACCCUGCGGCGUGGCUGCUAACGAGUUACUCCCUGCUCUCGCGGGGCAGGGCAUCGUGCCGGCCGAGCGUACUCUUGACGAGAUCGCUCGCCAAGGCGGCCUCUUCGACACGAUCGUGUGUGUGCGGGUUCUCUGCUCCGUGCCGGAUCUAGAAGCCACCCUUUCCGAUCUGUACGCUCUCCUCCGCCCCGGGGGACAGAUUCUCGUCACGGAACAUACGGUGAAUCCCUGGCGUGGCGGGAAGGGCUCGCUUGUGGCGCGUGCGAUGCAGGUCGUCUAUACUUUUCUGGGAUGGAGUUAUUUCAUGGGCGACUGUGCGUUGAAUAGGGAUACGGAGCGCGCGUUGCGUGGCGUGGCGGACAGGGAUGGUGGCUGGGAUCUCGUCGAGUUGGAUGCUUGGUUCGGGAACUCGACUUUGCCGUAUAUCGCGGGCCGCUUGGUCAAAAGACUUUAAUCUUUCAUGUCGUAUACUUUGAUUUCCAGUCACAAUGUCAUUCAAUGUCAUGCAAUGGUAUCCAUAGUCAUUCAUCAUUAUUCAAUGGUAUUCAAUGGUCUUGAUUAUGUACAGUCUUAGGUCUUCCCGGAGGCCAGAAAUCAAAUAGAUCCAUCGCCUCCGCCGUCCACGGCCCUUGCGGCUUGCAGUGGUCCUGCAGUGUCUCCGGACAGCGCCCCGGCAGGUGUCGACUUGAC